GACGUCUACCGCUUUGAGAGGGACUUCCAGGAAGCUCCCGCGGAAUGGAUCGUUUCCGCCACCACAGGGCACUUCACGGAUAUUCGCAUGGCUUACGGACUGCCCAAGCAGCUCAACGGCGCCGCUGACCCCGACAUCUUCGAGCGCGAGCUCGAGGUGGACUGUAUCAGUGACGAACACCAAAAGAUGCGGACUCAGCUGCGGCUCAUCGCGAAUGGAUCUGACCUCCUCAUUCUCGCAUUGGAUGCCGACAUGGAAGGUGAGUGCAUCGCUCGGCAAGUUGCGCAGGUGGCCGAGCCCCGUAUGCGAAGCCAUGACGUUCGAAGGUGCUGGUUCACUUCGCUCGGACAAACUCAUCUUCUGAGGGCCCUAGAGAGUCUUCGGGACUUGAACGAGGCGGUCGCUGACGCGUGUGAAGUGCGGCGUCACGUGGACUAUCGGCUUGGGCAGGCCGGGACGCUGGCACUCAACGCGUUCGCGGAGCGGCACAGGCCCCUGCUGGAAGGAUCUUUACCGAAAUUCUUUCGCAAUCGCCAUGGCCGACAGCACACGGAGUAUGCUGAGGAUGAGGAGGAGAAGGAGGCUCCUGCUUUGAGUUACGGCCCGGUCCAGACGGCGGCCAUCUUCCUGGCUUGGCAUCACCACAUCUCUGAGAAGUUGAAGGUGAAGCAGGAGUCGGACAAACGAUGGCGUGUGAAGCUGACGUUGCAGUCAGACCUCACGGGCAAGUUCGAGUGCUUCUCAGACUUGAUCGGCGAAGGUGCAGCGCAAGAGCAGCGAGAUGUCAUCCUUCAACAUGUCAGGCAGCAGUCGGUUCACCAAUCGUCGUGA